GGCAGAGGGUCCUCAGCAAUCCCCGGAGGUAGAGCGGCUGGCCAGUGCGCCCACUGCAAAGCGGAAAGAUCCCAUCGUGGCGCGGUCAUGCUCCGGGUCCCGCUGUGUACGCUGCUCCCGCUCCUGGCACUGCUGCAGCUGCUGGGCACUGCGCACGGCGUCUAUGCGGAGCUGACCUGGAAGUCUCUCAUUGGCCACUGUCCUUUCUCAGGAAGUCACUUGCCUCCCAGAGCCCACCGGCCCUGAGCUUUGGGGGACUCUUCAGGAGCUGAGAGAAUGGCGCUCUUCAGGCAGCUGUCGCUGGGCUCCAAGGCUGCCCUGGCUGCGGCCACAGUCUUCGUGUCCAUGAUCCUCUCCCGUUCCUUUCUGGCUGAGACCCUUGAGCUCCAGGCUUGGCGCUGGCUCUUCCGCCUGCAGCUGGCCCUGUUUGUGAACUCGAUCAUGCUCAUUGGUUCCUCGUACAUCUGGCGGAGCACAGUGAGCGACCUCAGCCAUUCCCCUGCUGUGGAAUCUACCUGUUUCCAGCUUUGGAAGCUGGUUGUCAUGGCAUUUCUGGCCCUGGCACACUCCAGUUUCUUCACCAUGCUCUUCUUGGUGGCCGAGGAACCCUACGUGUUUUCCUUAGCAGCCUACUCCUGCCUGGGUGCCUACAUCAUCAUGGUUUUCUUCCUUUGUGUCUUGAACGCUAUGGAGCAGGUCUACCAGUUCUUAGCCUGGCGCAGUGGUAGGGUGGUGAGCAGUCUCGACAAGACAAGGCACCUGGUGCUCAGGCCUGCGCUGGCGGUGGCCGUGACAGCUGUGCUCAGUACCAUUGGCCUUCUGAAUGCUGCCCAGCCCCCAGUGGUGAAAACCGUGGAGGUGCCCAUCCAUCAGCUGCCCCCCUCAAUGAAUAACCUCAAGAUUGUCCUCCUUUCGGACAUUCACUUGGGGCCCACAGUGGGCAGGACCAAGAUGGAGAUGUUUGUGAGGAUGGUGAACAGGCUAGACCCAGACAUCACGGUGAUCGUGGGUGACCUCUCUGAUUCAGAGGCUUCCAUCCUGCGGACGGCAGUCGCUCCUUUGGGCCAGCUCCGUUCCCGCCUUGGCACCUACUUCGUCACAGGUAAUCACGAGUACUAUACAUCGGACGUCAGCAACUGGUUCACACUGCUGGAAUCCUUGCAUGUCCGGCCCCUACAUAAUGAGAAUGUGAAGAUUACUGUCCCCAGGGACCAGGACAGUGAUGGGAGAGAUAAAGAAUGGGUCUGCUUGGCGGGUGUGGAUGACAUAGAAGCCGACAUCCUUCACUACUCUGGGCAUGGCAUGGACCUUGACAAGGCUCUGGAGGGCUGCAGCCCAGAUGAUGCCACCAUCUUACUGGCCCAUCAGCCUCUGGCUGCCAAGAGAGCCCUCCAGGCUCGGCCAGAUAUAAACCUGAUCCUUUCCGGGCACACUCACGCAGGACAGAUCUUCCCCUGGAAUGUCGCAGCCUAUCUCCUGAACCCUUUCUUUGCUGGACUCUACCAAGUAGGCAAGGCUACAUUUGUGUACGUUAGCCCAGGUACAGCCUAUUAUGGGAUACCCAUGAGGUUGGGGAGCAGGGCAGAAAUCACAGAACUCAUCCUGUGGCGGGCUUCAUAAACCUGCCCUAAUGGCCCUACCUUGCCCUGCCCUACCCUGGCCUAGGACCCUCCAUCUCCUGCUCUGUCCCAACCUUGCCAGCACCCCUUUGGCCAUAGCCUGCUGGGAACAGUGUUUUGCAGUGGGGCUGCCUGGCAAGUUCAGGCAGGUUUAACUAUUCAGCUAAUCAAUUGCUUUUUGACAAUACACCUGUGGGUCCGCUUGGCCACAUAAAUGCAAACACACAUUUGUUUUCCAGCUGUUGUAGAGAGGGGGUCCUUUUGCAGGGUGUGGGAUGGCUGGAAAGGGUACCUCUUGACCAGACUCAGGGAGUGGCUUGUCUCCUGUGGGACUAGCCCUGGCUAGGGCUUGGGUGGGCUCUGGAAUUAUUUGAUUGGAGAUAGUUGGUUUGGGCAUGGGCCAUGUUGAGAGGUACCUUCCCUGCUUGCCAGAGGAGAGUAUUCCUUUCUUACUUGUCAAUCAAGUUCACCUUUAUUGAGGACAUCGACAGACCCCAUUGCAUCAUGGGGCCCUUCCUGUCUGCACCUUGAGGGAUGCUGAUUACUGUGCUGGGUGGCUGGACCAGGAUGGCUGGAGACAAAAUCAUGGGAACUGUGGUAGGGGGUGACUGCCAUACCUUGAGGACUUGGUAACUCUGAGUCCCUGGUUCUGUGUAGUCUGUGAGAUGAUUAAGGACAAGCUGCUUCCGUGUUUGGGGGGUGAGGGAGGACACGGAUGUGACGAGAUAUCUUUAAAAACACAAUGACAAAUACUUUCCUAGAUGGUGCUUGACUUCAGGUCCCAACUCAGCUCAGUAUGUGAAGGAGAGCUAACCACGUCCUUCUAAAACCCAUCCAUCCUACAGCCCAAUGGUUUAGUAUCUUUAGAAGUUACAGUGAACACUGGAUUCUAUGUGCAGAUAAUCAAGACUUCAGAGUCCCAUAUUCUCUUCAAAGUAGUUUGCUUGUUUGAAGCAGGCUUCAGUUCACUCAUAGGUGAGGGGAGGCCUCUAAGAGAGUCAGUUGCUCAGUACAUGAGGUCAUCUGUUAAUAGUCAUUGAGUUCAGAGGUUGGCACCUCCUACCCAUCACGUCAGGUUUGGGUCUGAGAUUUUGGUGAGAGCUGAGGUUUCUUGUCUAUCCAUAGGAAAGUUGAAGCUGCCACAGGUAUAUGGUAUGGCCCAGCUCUGCCUCUGCAGGUUGCCCUAGGCCCUGGCUGUGGAAAGACAGGACUGUCUUUCCUGCUUGGGGUUGGGGGAGUGGGGGAGGGAUUCGAACCCAUCUACCUUGGCCUUUGGCCACAGAAGCACAGGGUCAUUCAUAGGGUUUCUAGACCCACAAGAAAAACGAAAGGAGCUGUCUUAUGUAGUGCCAGAUUUGUUGGCCUGUCUAGCCUUUGCCCUUCGCAUAGCAGAGAGCUAGCUGAUCUUAGGAAAAGGCUCUACUCAGGUGUGUUUAAGAGCAUCUGGGUAGCUGAGAGUCCUCUGUCUGAAGCAGGACUUCAUGCUGCCUUGUGAGAGAGGGUUGAACCCUGGCAGUGACAAGUCCCCCUAGAUAUUUAGCUUCCACCAUCCCAGAAUUCGCUGUACUUCUUGUAUCUACCUCAAGGCUUUUUUGCUGAGAGAACCGCUGGGCCCGUACCCAC